CGGCCGCACCGUCUCCAGUCUCCUCACUCCGAGGUCGGCGGAGCUGCAGGAAACGGCCACGGGCAAGGAGCCCACCUCUAGGACGUUGAGGGGGGACUGGACCCAGUUUGGCCGUGAGAUGGCGGCGGCAGCUGUGAGCAGCGCCAAACGGAGCCUGCGGGCCGAACUGAAGCAGCGUCUGCGGGCGCUGAGCGCGGAGGAGCGGCUCCGCCAGUCGCGCUUACUGACCCAGAAGGUGAUUGCUCACAGUCAGUAUCAAAAGUCCAAGAGAAUUUCCAUCUUUCUGAGCAUGCAAGAUGAAAUUGAGACAGAAGAGAUCAUCAAGGACAUUUUCCAGCGGGGCAAAACCUGCUUUAUCCCUCGAUACCAGUUCCAGAGCAAUCACAUGGAUAUGGUGAAGUUGGCUUCACCUGAAGAAAUUUCUUCACUUCCCAAAACAUCCUGGAAUAUUCAUCAGCCUGGUGAGGGUGAUGUUCGGGAGGAGGCCUUGUCCACAGGGGGCCUCGAUCUCAUCUUCAUGCCAGGUCUUGGGUUCGACCAACAUGGGAACCGGCUGGGGAGGGGCAGGGGCUACUAUGACACCUACCUGAAGCGCUGUCUGCAGCAACAAGGAGUGAAACCCUACACCCUGGCCUUGGCUUUCAAAGAGCAGAUUUGCCUCCAGGUCCCAGUGGAUGAGAAUGACAUGAAAGUAGAUGAAGUCCUUUAUGAAGACACUUCGGGAUCUGAAGUCCAAAUGACUACAGCCAAAUAAUCUGGGUUUGGGACCAGAGUAAAGGAAAAUAUACGUAUCUUUCCCUUGUCAAAAAUUAGUUAAAAUUGCACAAGUAAUGUGAUACGGACCGCCUUUUAAAAAAUGUAAUUAUAAAGAACUAACACACAACCAUCUUUAAAAUCAACAGAAGUGUGAAUGAAUAGUAGAUACUCAUUAAAAUGGAGCUACCAGAUGUGAUUUUCAGUUUAA